CUUCACAUGACUGGCAUGUCAACAAAUCCCUCGGAAGGGGAUGUUGGAGAGGCGGACGAGUAAAAACCAGUAAUGUUCCUCACUAAAAGUCAAAUAGAUGCCCACAACGCACAUAGCAGAAAGAAGUCUUAAAGACCCGGGUGACUGGGAGAGGAGGCACAGCCCAGGAUAUCCUUACUUGACAAUAAGACAUUAUUUUGCAACAGUCAAUUAUGGCUUCUGUUGCUGACAAAAAACUGGAAGGACUUGUUGCAGCCACAUUUACUCCAUUUUCUACCAAAGGAAACGGAGAAAUCGAACUAUCAAAGAUUGGACCUUAUAUUGACUACUUGACAGAGAAGCAAGGAGUAAAGAGCAUAUUUGUGAAUGGCACCACAGGAGAGAGCAUGUCUCUGACAGUGGCAGAGAGGAAGCUCCUGGCAGAAGACUGGUGUAAGAAAGCAAAGGGAAAACUUGAUCAAGUGAUUGUACAUGUCGGUUGCAUGAGUAUUAAAGAUUCUCAAGAUCUGGCUCAACAUGCAGAGAAGGUCGAAGCUGAUGGAAUUGCCGUCAUUGCUCCCUCCUUCUUCAAGCCCAGAUCUGCAGAUGCUUUGAGGACGUAUCUGAAGGAGGUUGCUUCGGCUGCUCCGACUCUGCCCUUCUACUAUUACCACAUUCCAGCGGUCACUGGUGUUAAUGUGCACGCGAGAGAUGUGAUCAAGGGUAUUGAGGAGCUUAUUCCCUCGUUCAGGGGUGUGAAGUUCAGCGGGACCGACCUUAUGGACUUUGGCCUGUGUAGCACUCACAGCAAUAGUAAAUGGUCGAUGCUGUACGGCGUGGAUGAGCAACUGUUGGCAGCUCUACCUUUCAGAGCAGACGGAGCAGUUGGCAGCACAUAUAACUAUAUAGGACGACAUGUCAACAAGCUCAUAUCAGCGUUUAAGGAGGGCGACCUCGCCCAGGCCAAGACUAUACAGCUCAAGAUCCAAGAGCUUCUGAGUUAUGCCAUGGAUAAAGGCUUUGAUGUGGGAGUGAACAAGCAGCUGAUGAGUGAUGUGUCGGGUGUGUGCCUGGGACCCCCUCGACUACCAGUGAUGCCAUGUCCUCGGGAUCACUCUGAAAAGAUCAAAAAGAGAUUGGAUGAGCUUUUUCCUGACUGUUGACAUGUUUGUUGAACACAUUAAUGCUCAGAGUACUGUAACAGUGAUGGAGCCAAGUUGAAGCUCUGUCACCUUUUUAUUAAUAAACCAGAAAUUCAAUAUCACAUACUUACUCUUCAAACUGUUGAUGUUAAAAAACACAUACCGGUAAAUAGUUAACAUUUCCCACCUGAACUUGUUCUGACUUUACUUUUAAGUGUCAUGGCGGGGGAAAUUUGGGGAAAAAAGAGUUUUCUGAUGAAGCCAAAUGCAAAAAUCAUUAGUUUUACUGUGAAAGACCUGAGGUAAAAGGGAAAUUAGGGUGACAAUUGUGUAAAUGUUUCAUGAAAGUUCAUCCUCUCAGUGUCCCCUGCCUGAAUCUUUACCGGUGACAUUUUUGAGUUUCCUUCUUCCAAAGUCAGGCAGCAUCUCCGUUGUCUUGGAGGCAUUGAUACGAAAGUGAUUGAGUUUCCACCAGUUUGAUGGAUCAUUUUAAGAAAUUAAAGUCACAUUUUAAUAAAAAAAAUGUAUCCUCCUGUAACUGGAAAAUUAGGCAUUCUGUGCCGUGCAAAAUAUUUAAAAUUGCUAAAGAAAAUAAAGAUUAUUAUGUUUGAAUGAC